UCGCGCGGCGCAUGCGCGGGGCGCAGCGCCGGGGGCGGGCAGCGAUGGCGGCCGCGCUGGGGCUCGAGUCCUCGCCGGGCUCCGCCGCCGUGAGCGAGCUGUGCCAGAACAGGCGGGAGAUCUUCCUGGAGGCCUCGCGGCUGCUCCUCACUUACGCCGACAACAUCCUCCGGAAUCCCUAUGAGGAAAAAUACAGAUUAAUUCGGAUUGGAAAUCCAGCAUUUUCCACAAGGCUGUUGCCCGUCAGAGGAGCAGUUGAAUGUUUAUUUGAGAUGGGAUUUCAAGAGGGAGAAACUCACCUGGUUUUCCCUAAGGAAGCUUCAAUUGAGCAACUACGUAAAAUCAGAGACUUAAUUGCUGGAGAGAGGAGUAGCAGACUGAAUGAGUCAAACCAAAUCCACAGAUCAGGAGCCUCUGAAACUGUCAGCAGCACUCAGACAGCUGCACAACGGCCUUCGAGACCUGUUGACUCUGGUUUUGCCCCUGCCCGUCAGCGACCAGAAACAUCACUUGUGCAGUCUCUUGAAAUGGCUGCAAAUAUCUUGAAAACACUUCAAACAAAAUUUGAGGGCCUUGUAUUGAUGUAUGAGAAUCCUUCUAUUCAGCAGAAAGCACUGGCUGCAAUUCCCCUCCAGGAAUUGAAAAGCAAGGCUCAGAAAAAGCUAUCACAAGCUACAAGAGUGGACAAAGGUGCACAUGUGAAUGAAGAGGACUUCUUAUUGUUGGAGCUUUUGGACUGGUUUAAGACUUCCUUUUUUCAUUGGGUAAAUAGUCUUCCUUGCAGCCGGUGUGGUGGGCAGACAGAGCCUAAAAGUGACUACCUGUUGCCUACUGAUGAUGAUCUAAGGUGGGAUGCCAGUCGAGUAGAAAACCAUUACUGCAAUCAGUGUCAGCUCUGUAAUAGAUUCCCAAGGUAUAACAGCCCUGAAAAACUUCUGGAAACCAGACGUGGACGCUGUGGUGAAUGGGCCAACUGUUUUACACUGUGCUGCAGAGCUGUAGGGUUUGAAGCAAGAUACGUCUGGGACCAUACAGAUCAUGUGUGGACUGAAGUAUAUUCUUCAUCUCAGAAACGAUGGCUUCACUGUGAUCCUUGUGAAAAUGUCUGUGAUAAGCCUCUUCUUUAUGAAACUGGCUGGGGAAAGAAGCUCUCCUACAUAAUUGCAUUCUCCAAAGAUGAGGUUGUUGAUGUCACCUGGAGAUACAGCUGUAAACAUGAAGAAGUACUCUCUAGAAGGACAGCACUCAGUGAAGCUACGCUGCGAGAGACAAUUAAUGCACUAAAUAGAAUGAGACAAAAGUCUUUGUCAGAAAAUAGAAAAAGAGAGCUCCUGGAAAGGACUAUUGUGGAGCUUGUUGAGUUUAUUUCUCCUAAAACACCUAAACCUGGAGAAUAUGGUGGAAGAACAUCAGGCUCAAUGGCUUGGCGAGUAGCCAGAGGUGAAAUUGGUCCAGAGAAAAGAAAAGAAGUAGUUUUUAUUCCCUCUGAAAAGGAGAAGACGUGUAAACUGUUCCAUCUCGUCUACAAUGUAAUAGAUGAUAGUUAUACACGGAUUUCCAAUAACAACGAAAAAAUAAGUGGCUGGGAAGCAGGUGUUUGGAAGGCAGAAUCUAUUUGGAGAAAGGUUGAAACAGAUUGGAAAAUGGUUUAUUUAGCCCGAAAAGAAGGGUCAUCCUCUGCUUCCAUCAGCUGGAAGUUUGAGUGCAAGUCAGUCGGUCUAAAAAUAGCUAACAUUUCAGUUAGGACAAGCAGUCAAACAUUUCAGAGUGGAAGAAUACAGUGGAGACUUCGCUCUCCUACAACAGAAAUUGCUCUGAUAGGAGAUAAAAGUCUUAGCUCCUAUUCAGAUUUUUCUGGAGCAACGGAAGUUAUGUUGGAAGCAGUUCUAAAUGGAGGGGAUGGUGAAGCUGCAUGGCAACACACACAGCUGUUUAGAGAGAGCUUAACAGGAGGUGGGGAAAAUUGCUUGGAGAUAAUUAUAAAACUCAGUGACCUCUGAGAAUCUGAACUGCAGAAAUGUACUUUGGAUUCCUUGAAGACAUUAUACCAUGGAUACAGCAUGAAGAUUUGGUUGGCAAUUCCUCUUCAUCCUGCUGGCAGAUUAUUUCCUCUUUCACUGCUUCCAUUAAACCAACUUGAAACUGCACAUGUAUUGAAUAGGUAAACAUUACAAUGAAAACCUCUUUGCUAUGAAAUCCUCUUUGCUAUAAAAACAAACAGAAAAGUUAAGGGGUUGAACCACAAAGUACCAUUUUCUUAAACUUUACAAUAAAAAGGAAACAAUUUUUAGGAAGCAAAACAUGAUCAUAGAAGCACAAAGCAAUUGUAAUUGAUUUUAACUUGGAGUUUUGGGAUUGGCUUGCUGGUUUAUUGGGGGUUUUUAUAAUCUACUUGGAAAAAUAGUUUGAAUUAUGUUUUCCAAUUAUAACAAAUGCUUCUGAUGAUUUUAAAAUAUUUUAAACAAUAUUAGAGGAUUUAGACAUUUUUUAAAAAAUUUGAUUUUAUGUAGUAUUCAGAAGUGCUGAAAUUAAGUUAAAUUCAAUAUUGCAUCCUUGUUAGAUGUCUAAGUAUUAAACCUGUGUUUAAUACCUAGAACUAUUUGGAAGCAUGAUGGUUGCUGGGAAACUAACCUCAUUUUGAAGGAAAUGUUCAUUAUGUACUUCAAUUGUUAUGAUCUAUGAUACAAAAUAGAGGGUUAAAACUGAGUAAGAACAUCGUAUUUUUUUCUAUGAAAAAUAGGUUAUUCAUUAUAAAUACUUUUUGAUGAUAUUAAUUUAGAUUUGCUUAAUAAAUCUUUUAAAAGUUAAGCAUGUAGGUUGAAAUCCUUUUAAGCUGUUGUCUUGGCUUGCUUUAAAUACUAUUCCCAAAUUUGAUGUUAAAGAAUAUAUUUUUUUUCUGUUCAAUUAAUUCAGUGUUUAAAUUUAUUUUCAGUCAAUAUAAAAAAUACUAUCCAGGAGACAUCAGAUGUUGCAGUGCUAUGAAUAAAACAUGGAGUGAAUGUUCAGAUUAAAUAGUCUUUAUCAGAAUGUGAGGAAGGCCUUGCCUGGAUUAUACAAGAGAUAUUCUAUUAUAGAACUAAAAUGAAAAGUUCAAACUAUGGUUUUAUUUUAAAAGAAGUGAGAAUUAAGGAUGAUGUUCUCAAGAUCAGUGUUUUUAAAGUUUUUCUUCCUUUCUUCUGAACUUUCCAGCCUCUGUAUUGAUUCGAAGCAUUUGUCAAAAAUCAUUUAUGUUGAAAUAAAUGUUUGCUGACCUUUCAACAAAUCUAAGCAAAUAUAAAGCUAUUCAUAUUUUAUUAGAAAACUGCAUAUGCACAGUGAACAAAGGAAUCUUAAAAAAUAGUAGAUUAUAGCAGCUCAGAAGUGACAGAACAAUGUGUGAUGGAUUAUAUACUUCAGAAUCUAAAUGAGCAUUUUAUGAGGGGAAUUAGAAGAAUCUCCCCCCUCGUAAUACAGAUUAAUACAGGGACAGGGUACUUACUGUAUUGUGCACACUGGGAGGGAAGAGUACACACUGGAAGGGUCUUUAUCAAUGCUUGACUAAUUCAAAGUGAAUUCACCAGUCUCUGUUUAAAAUUACUUCUGUAUUUGGUUUCAGUUAACACUUUUUCUGAGGUUUUGAGUGGGAGCCCAACAGAAGAGUAUUUUAGACUAAUAUGUGUACUACAUUGGAAGAGAAAAGGGAAGACAACUCAGGUGCCACCAAUCAACAAGUGUUUCUACUUAAUAUUUUGAUAGCUGAAAAAGUUACUACUUUAAAUCAGAAAUUGUUUUUGCAAUGUAUUACUUAGAGGACCUUGAGGACUUGGAGAAUUUCUUAACUGCAUCUGAUAAUAUGAAAUCAGGCAAAAUAUAUUUUAAAGUAGUAAGACAAAAUAAUUUUCUCAUAAUUUUGGUCAGAAUCCUGGGGAAGAGUAAUAGCUGCAGAUAACUUAAAACAGUAAAGUAGUCGAAGUCCAUUUUUAAAAAGUUUGAAUUAAAAAGAUGGAAAAAUGACUUGACAGUCGAAUGAAUCAAAAAGUACUUCUGUAUUUAUAAAAUCACAUUCAAUUAAUAGAAGUGCUUAUAUUAGGAAAUAAUAAGUAAAACACUCAGGCUUAAUAGAGCUAAUGUGAAAAAUUUAAAAGGAACUCCUUCAGUUGUCUUUUGGAGUAUCCUAUAAGCAGUGAACACUUUGAAUCUUCACACAUAAGCUGUUUUAAAGGCAUUAAUUUCCUCUGUUAUCUCCAUUUCAGCCCAACUCUUCAUUAAUUUUAAUUUAUUUUUUUUUUUAACCAGAGGUAAUUCCUCAUCCACAGUUGUUUAAUAUUAACUUACAGUAUCUUGAAUUUGCAAUAUUACAUGGUGGGAAGAUCUCUGCUGCUCUAAGUCUGCUCUAAAAGUAUGGUUAUUAAGUUAUGCUAGCAAUGGUACAAUACUGGGUGAGUGGUAGAUGUUGAUCAGGGCACAUGUCAGAAGUCAGUGCUUACUCAACUUUUUAGAAGUUUGAGGAGGUGGAGAUUAAAUGGGGAAAUUUAAAAUACUGUUGCCUAGGAAAGUAUGGCUUAAUACAGGUAAAAUCAGCAUGUUUUCUAGAAUCCAGUUUAGGUGCAUUUUAAAGAAUGACUGGCUGUGCCAUCUGUGACUGCCUUCCAAGGCUGCACUGAGUUGUAACAGUGAAAUCUUUUCCAUUAAAAGUUUGCAUAAAUACUA